AUCCCCUAUCCUCAGAUUCCUAUAAAUACAGCUGCGACCAGUGGAGAGAGAAAGAGAGAGAGAGCUAGGGUUUUUGGGAGUCUCUGCUUGCGGCUCUCUCUUCAUUUUUAGUAUACAUUUGCUAGGUGUUCCAGCUGUCUUUAUAAGCCGUCAAGAUGGUGAAGUUUACAGUUGAAGAGCUCCGUCGGAUUAUGGACCUGAAACACAAUAUUCGUAAUAUGUCUGUCAUUGCUCAUGUAGAUCACGGGAAAUCUACACUUACCGAUUCUCUUGUGGCCGCUGCUGGAAUCAUUGCACAGGAAGUUGCUGGAGAUGUUAGGAUGACUGAUACUCGUGCUGACGAGGCUGAGCGUGGUAUAACCAUUAAGUCAACUGGGAUUUCACUUUACUAUGAGAUGACUGACGCAUCUCUGAAAGCCUACAAGGGUGAGAGAUCAGGAAACGAGUAUCUUAUCAAUCUCAUUGAUUCACCUGGGCACGUUGAUUUCUCAUCUGAGGUCACUGCGGCUUUGCGUAUUACUGAUGGUGCUUUAGUUGUCGUCGAUUGCAUCGAGGGUGUUUGUGUUCAGACUGAAACUGUCCUUCGACAGGCCUUGGGAGAAAGAAUCAGGCCUGUCUUGACUGUUAACAAGAUGGACCGAUGCUUCUUGGAGCUUCAAGUUGAUGGUGAAGAAGCCUACCAGACCUUCCAGCGUGUUAUUGAGAACGCAAAUGUUAUCAUGGCUACUUACGAAGAUGCCCUUCUCGGUGAUGUCCAAGUAUACCCGGAGAAAGGUACUGUUGCUUUCUCAGCAGGAUUGCACGGUUGGGCUUUCACCUUGACCAACUUUGCUAAAAUGUAUGCUUCCAAAUUUGGAGUUGAUGAAUCUAAAAUGAUGGAGAGGCUUUGGGGUGAAAAUUACUUUGACCCAGCUACCAAGAAAUGGACCAGCAAGAACACCGGCAGUGCUACCUGCAAACGUGGUUUUGUUCAGUUCUGUUAUGAACCUAUUAAGCAGAUUAUCAACACUUGCAUGAAUGACCAGAAGGACAAACUCUGGCCAAUGUUGACUAAGCUCGGUGUGACCAUGAAGUCAGAUGAGAAGGAUCUGAUGGGUAAAGCUCUGAUGAAGAGGGUGAUGCAGACCUGGCUACCAGCGAGCAGCGCUCUACUUGAGAUGAUGAUAUUUCACCUCCCAUCUCCUGCCACAGCACAGAAAUAUCGUGUGGAGAAUUUGUAUGAAGGUCCUCUGGAUGACGUUUAUGCAAAUGCUAUCAGAAACUGUGACCCAGAAGGCCCUCUCAUGCUUUAUGUUUCUAAGAUGAUUCCGGCAUCUGACAAAGGUCGAUUCUUUGCAUUUGGACGAGUCUUUGCAGGAAAGGUGUCUACUGGCUUGAAGGUUCGUAUCAUGGGACCCAACUUUGUCCCUGGUCAGAAGAAAGACUUGUACGUGAAGAGUGUCCAGAGAACUGUUAUAUGGAUGGGUAAGAAGCAGGAGUCUGUGGAGGAUGUUCCAUGUGGUAACACUGUCGCUAUGGUUGGAUUGGACCAGUUUAUCACUAAGAAUGCUACUCUAACAAAUGAGAAAGAAGUGGAUGCCCACCCAAUCAGAGCCAUGAAGUUUUCUGUUUCUCCAGUCGUGCGUGUCGCAGUACAGUGCAAGGUGGCAUCUGACCUUCCCAAGCUUGUGGAAGGUUUGAAAAGGUUGGCCAAAUCAGACCCUAUGGUUGUGUGCACAAUCGAGGAGUCUGGUGAGCACAUUAUUGCCGGUGCUGGUGAGCUCCAUCUCGAGAUUUGCUUGAAAGAUUUGCAGGAGGAUUUCAUGGGAGGUGCAGAAAUUCAUGUGUCAGACCCUGUCGUUUCCUUCCGUGAAACCGUUCUUGAAAAGUCAUGUCGUACUGUGAUGAGCAAGUCGCCAAACAAACAUAACCGUCUUUACAUGGAAGCUCGUCCUCUUGAAGAAGGCCUCCCUGAGGCCAUUGACGAAGGACGCAUAGGUCCACGUGAUGAUCCAAAGGUCCGUUCAAAGAUUCUCGCUGAAGAGUUUGGAUGGGACAAGGAUCUUGCCAAGAAAAUCUGGUGCUUUGGUCCUGAGACCACAGGUCCUAACAUGGUCGUCGACAUGUGUAAGGGAGUUCAGUACCUUAAUGAAAUCAAGGAUUCAGUGGUUGCUGGUUUCCAGUGGGCCUCAAAAGAAGGUGCUUUGGCUGAAGAGAACAUGCGUGGUAUUUGCUUUGAAGUUUGUGAUGUCGUUCUUCAUGCUGAUGCUAUUCACAGAGGAGGUGGCCAGGUCAUCCCAACAGCAAGAAGGGUUAUCUAUGCUUCUCAAUUGACAGCCAAGCCCAGGCUUCUCGAGCCAGUUUACCUUGUUGAGAUUCAGGCUCCUGAGCAGGCUUUGGGAGGUAUCUACGGUGUUCUUAACCAAAAGCGUGGUCAUGUCUUUGAGGAAAUGCAGAGGCCCGGUACUCCUCUUUACAACAUCAAGGCUUAUCUCCCGGUUAUCGAGUCCUUCGGGUUCUCGGGAACGCUGAGGGCUGCUACAUCAGGACAGGCUUUCCCUCAGUGUGUGUUUGAUCACUGGGACAUGAUGAGCUCUGACCCUAUGGAUUCUACUUCUCAAGCUGGGCAGCUUGUGGCUAGCAUUCGUAAGAGGAAGGGUUUGAAGGAGCAGAUGACUCCUCUCUCCGACUACGAAGACAAGCUCUAAGGUGAGUGCUAUUGCAGUACACAUUGAUAUUCUGGUUAUGAAGCUGUUACAUCGUGAGCGAUAUUAGUGAGAAUUGAGGGGGCUUUGUGACUAGUGUUAUUACACGCGUUAGUCAGUUUUCGAGUCUUCUGAUUUGCAGAAUGUUUCUCUGCAUUUAGUUUCCUGUUGGUGUCUGUAGUCUUCAGACGUUUGUUGUCUUGUUUCGAUGUGCUGAAAACUCUUAAUUGUUAUUAUGCUUGUUAGAUGCUACUAUAUAAAUCUUGACCGUCGUGUAACUUACAAGUUUUUCUUCUUGUCUAAUUUUUGGUGGGUUCAAAGUUC